AUGGUUAACCGAAAAUCAACUCCCAAGAGGAAAAAGGCGCCAAGUAAACAAGUUACCAAGAUCUUCAAACUUCACAAUAAAAAUUAUAAAAUAAAUGUUACGACUCUUAGGGAGAUAAAAAGACUUCAAUCAACAACAAGUAAUCUUAUCCCUCGUUUACCCUUUGCUAGAGUUAUACGAGAAAUACUAAUGGAACAUACAACAUCUGACCAUCGAGUGCAACUCGAAGCUCUACAAGCUCUGCAGGAAGCCGCGGAGUUGUAUUUAGUUCAAUUGUUUGAGGACGCUAACAGGUGUGCUUAUCAUGCUAAAAGAGUAACGGUGAAGCCAAAUGACAUGAACUUGGUUCUAGAGAUUAGGGGAAUAUUAGAUCCAGGAUACUCUUAG